AUGAUUUUCCACUUUUUCUUGAACGUGAUUUGUUUAAUUACAUUUCAAAUAAUUUCCUUGCUACAUGGCUUGCUGAAUUCCAUUAGUUUUUCAUUCUAUCUUAAUCAUUCUUGUUUUCUUGAAGUGAGCACCUUGGCACAACGCCACCUGGCGCCUCUUUUGCAGCCUACUAAUGCCAGCCAGCUCGAGCCGCGACAUAAGGCGCUUGUGGUUAAACGGUCAAUGCGAUGCCGGCGCUGUGAACACAACAUGAGCAAAGCUGACUUCAAUCCUAGUUCUAUUAAGUUCCGCAUCAAUUUGAGUGCCUUAUAUCAUGUACCUGAGGUACGUAUCAUCCCACCUGUAUUAGAUGAAUCAGUCGUUCAGCCCAUCAAAUCUUCACAAUUGCAUACUAGCGACGCCAGCAAUAGUAGCGGUCCUAGCAGCAAUAGGAUUCGCAUUGGUAAUGAAGCUGGCAGAAGUCCUGAUAAUGCUGGUGCUGGCACCUCUCUAAUCAAGGGGCAUCGAACUUCAGCACAUGUUUCAAUCUUUGGUCCUAAAAUGCAAACAUACCUGCAUGCCAAGGCGAUGCCAGGCAAGGUUAGAAUGCAGAAACUACCUAUAUUUUAUCGUAUACUCAGUAUAGUUCAUUAA